CCGCCUGUCUAUCUGCCAGAUACAGUUACAGAUACAGAUACGGACACAGCCACAGAUACCGAGGAGGUGAGAGGUGCUAAGCCCGAUAAGGCCAGCCACCACAGCAUCCCCGACGGAUCGGCCAGCUAUAUAAUCGGCCGUAUUCUCGGCUAGCAGCUCACACAACGAUCGACCGACGUUAGCCACUGGCAACGAUGACAACGACCACAGCACCUAGAGAAACCACACAAACCACUUUUACGGUUCGCAAGAUGACGGGCCGGCGAAUCUCCAAGCUUACCACAGUCCUGCUGUUCUGCGCCGCCUUGCUGCUGACCAAGUCCUGCGGCAUCCUGGCGCUCAGCGGCGACGGUUCGGCGCAGUCCCAGGAUGUGGGCCAGUCGGAGCCCUGGAGCGAUGCCACCACCACCACCACCACCAUUCAGCCAAGCGAGGAGGGCAGCGGAUCCGGUGGCUGGGAACUGACCACGGAGGCGGACACCACCAUACCGAGUGAGGAAACUACUGUUGGCAAUGAGGAAACCACCGUUUCCGAAGAGGAGACCUCCACGAACGCAUCUGGAGAUGUAGAGACCACCACUGUUGUGCCGGAAACUUCACCAGCCGACCAAGAGAGCUCUUCCGCUCCCGAGGAGACCACUUCCGCACCCGAGGAGAGCUCCGCCGCUCCCGAGGAGACCACUACCGCUCCUGCAGAGUCCGAGAGUUCCAGCUCUUCCUCUCCAGCAGAACCCGAGAGCUCCAGUCCUUCCACACCGGCAGGCAUCACCAUUGCACCCACCCCGCCCACUUUCAAAUGCCAGACGGCAGGACUGUUUCCGCACAUCAGUGGCGAUUGUAGCCGUUACCACAACUGCCUGUUGAAUCCCGUGCUGCGACAGCUGCAGGACAUCGAGCUCUCCUGCCCGGAACUGACCAUCUUCUCGCCGAGCCUGGGCAGAUGCGUAAGGGACUUGGCCGAGUGCCAGGAUGAGGGCUUCCAGUGUCUGGCCGUGGGCAGAUUCGCCGGACUGGAUGAGACGUACUACUACAGCUGCGUGGCCAGUUUGCAGGGCGGCUUCCACAAGUUCAUUGUGCGCUGCUCCAGUGGCCAGAGGUUCGAGGCCCUGAUCGGUGGAUGCUGGCGCUACGACUGGACGCAGAUUGUGCCCGGACAAGAGGCGACCGAGGUCAGCGACCUGGCUGCCAUCAAGCGGGAACUGAAGCUGUACAAGGCCGAGGCCAAGCUGCGCCUGAAGGCCCAGAAGGAGCAGGAGAAGCUGGCCAAGAAGCAGCAGAAGCUGGAGGAGAAGGCCGCCAAGAAGGCGGCCAAGGAGCAGGCCAAGCAGCAGGCGAAGGCCGAGAAGGACAAGGCCAAGGCCGAGGCCAAGGGCGAUUCCAUCGAGAGUGCCGAGUCCGCGGAGUAACUUCCUCCGAGUUCCGCGCUCCGAGCGUCGAGCUCCUUUCCUUCAGAUAAACACUUCCAUCUAUGUUGGUCCCUUGCUCUAGUCUAGUGAAAUUAUCCUUCCUUUUUUUGUUAACAUGUU